AUGGCCCGUCUCGCACUUUCUCAAAAGGACAAGCAAGUCCGAGACUGGUUCGUGGAGACGACAAAGUCGCUUGGAUGCCGAGUCACGAUUGAUAGCAUGGGAAACAUCUUUGCUGUCAGGCCCGGCAAAAGAGUAGAUGUGCCAGCUACAUUUGUAGGAAGUCACUUAGAUACCCAGCCUACCGGUGGACGAUAUGAUGGCAUUCUCGGUGUUUGUGCGGGUAUUGAGAUGCUGAAGGUCCUCGAGGAGAAAGGGAUCGAGACAGAGGGUGGUGUUGGCGUGGUCAACUGGACGAACGAGGAAGGAGCCAGGUUUCCCAAGAGCAUGAUUUCGGCAGGCGUUUGGGCGGAGGGAAUAUCCCUAGAAACUGCUCAUUCGCUCCUAGAGGUGCCAACAGUAGCCUCACUUCCCUCGGCUGCUUCAGCCCCUGAAUCCAUGAAAUCCGCUCUCGAAAAGAUUGGCUACCUGGGUAGUGUCCCUUGUUCCUACAAAUCCUUUCCUAUUGCAGCCCAUUUCGAACUUCAUAUCGAACAGGGGCCUCAUCUCGUCACUGCCGGCCAACAUGUUGGCGUCGUAACUGGGGUCCAGGCAUACCGCUGGUAUCGCAUUAACGUAACAGGAAGAGAUUGUCAUACGGGUAGCACCGCCUUCCAACACCGUGCAGACGCCAUGUACGCCUCUGCAAGGAUGAUGGUACGAGCCCGUGAAGUAGCCGAUAAGCACGGCUGCCUUGCCAGCGUCGGCAUUGUCGAAGUUAAGCCAGGAAGUGUCAACACUGUGCCGGGCUUCGUCAGCUUCAGUCUCGAUAUCCGUGGCCCUGAAAUUGAGGACGUAGACGUCGUCGAUGCUGAGCUACGAAAAGAAUUUGAUAUCAUUGCUGGCGAGGAAGGGAAGGGUAUAGGCAAGCCCUGCCGUGCAGAAUGGCAAUUGGACUUUGAGACUCCUGCGACAAAGUUCCAUCCUGAAUGUAUCGAGUGCGUCACAGAAUCUGCCAAAGCUGUUGUUGCGGAUAAACCAAACCCGGAGACUCUAUAUCGGACUAUACGCAGCGGAGCUGGGCACGACAGCGUCUUCACAAACAAGAGGGUUCCAACCAGUAUGGUCUUCGUACCAUGCAAAGAUGGAGUCAGCCAUCAUCCCGAGGAAUUUUCGUCGGCCGAAGAUUGUGUGAAUGGUGCGUCUGUCAUUCUACAGGCUGUGGUCAGGUAUGAUAGAAAGCGAUUCAAGUAG